UACACGAUGAAGGUGAAGGAGUUGCAGAAGAUGGUGAAUGUGGCCUGGUCGCCGGCUCAGCAGGUCCCGAUCAUGCUGGCCGCUGGUACGGCCGCCCAGCAGCUGGAUGCUUCCUUCAGCACGACCGCUUCUCUCGAGCUGUACUCGAUCAAUCUGGCCGAUCCGAGCUACGACCUCGAGCUGAAGGGCAGCCAACCGAGUACACACCGUUUUCACAAGCUGCUCUGGUCACCGUUGGCCGGCACAGCAGCGACAGCAGGUGAUCCGGGCAUCGGACCAAGUGGGCUAAUUACUGGAGGUUGCGAGAGCGGCGUACUUCAGGUGUACAAUGUGGCCCAACUAUUGGCUGGACAGAAUGCGUUGGUCGCUCAGCAGGAAAAGCAUCAGGGUGCGGUCCGAAGUCUCGAUUACAACCCGUUUCAACACAAUCUGGUAGCGAGUGGUGCGUCCGAGUCGGAGAUUUUCAUCUGGGAUCUCAACAACACGGCCGUACCGAUGAGCCCGGGUGCGAAGGUAACGCCACACGAGGACGUACAAGGGUUGGCCUGGAAUCGGCAGGUGCAGCACAUACUUGCUUCGGUCUUUCCAUCCCGAUGUGUGAUUUGGGAUUUGCGCAAGAACGAACCGAUUAUUAAGCUGAGUGACACGCAGUCCCGGAUACGGUGGCGGGUUGCCCAGUGGCAUCCGGAUGUGGCAACGCAGCUAUGGCUUGCCAGUGAGGAGGAUCAAUCGCCGACGGUACAGCUGUGGGAUUUGCGGUACGCUACCGCACCGGCCAAAACAUUCCAGAUCCAUCGCCGGGGCGUGCUGGGGUUGACCUGGUGUUCGAAGGACCACGAUCUGGUGGCGUCGUGUGGGAAGGACAAUCGGAUCAUUUGCUGGAAUCAGAAUACGGAGGAUCCGAAUGGGGAAGUGCUUUCGGAGCUGGCCACAACGAACCAGUGGAACUUUGACGUUGCCUGGUGUCCGAGGAAUCCGGCCCUUAUAGCUGGGUCGAGUUUUGAUGGGAAUGUAACGAUCUACUCGAUCCAUGGUGGGGUGCAUCAGCAGGUGCAGACGAGCAACAAGAUUGCGGAUUCUUUCCCCGGGAUGGAAAACAUUGGGCACGAACCGUCGCAAUCGGUUCCGUUGCAAACGCAUGGGGCUGUCAGUAAUGAUUUGAAGCGUCCACCGCGCUGGAUGCGACGACCCGCGGGAGCAUGCUUUGGGUUCGGCGGCAAGCUAGUUACCUUUAACGGAAACAGUCGCACGGUGACGGUGAACCAAGUCGUUACCGAUCCGGAACUGAUGGAACGUUCGAAUCAACUCGAACGGGUACUGAACGAGGGUAACUUCAUCGAAUACUGUCGCCAGAAGGCGGACCAAACGACCGAUCAGUAUUCGCGGCUGAUGUGGUACUUCCUCAAAGCCAACUUUGAAAAUGAUCCUCAUGCCGAAAUGCUCAAUCUGCUCGGAUAUCAAGCGGAUGAUACGGCAAACAAGUUCAAGAAGUACGUCGUCGAUGGACCCAAGAACGAAGAUACGAAUGCCGUGGAUGGACUUAGCGAUCAGAUGGCUGGCUUAAGUCGGAUCACCGACAAUAAUGCAGUGUUCGAUGCGAUCGCCGCCGGUAGCAAAAGGCCCGAAACAGAGAAAACGUCCACCGGAAAGCAAAAUGGAACCGGUGGUGAAAUUCCUUACAAAAUCCGCACCGGACAGGACAAGGAAGGAUUGAUUUGUGAGGCGCUGCUGACCGGAAAUCUGGAAGCAGCGAUCGAACUGUGCAUGCAGGCCGGCAAAACGAGCGAAGCGUUAAUCCUAGCCAUGAACAGUGGUUCGGAUUUGUUGGCCAAGGUGCAAUAUCGCUAUCUGCGCGACAACGAGAACUAUCUUUCGAACCUCAUCUCCGCACUGGUACUGUGCGAUUGGACCGGUGUCGUAACGCAGUGUACGAUCGACUCUUGGAAGGAAGCCCUGGUGGCGGCAAUUACCCACUGCAAGCACCAGCUGCCACUGCUCUGUGAACGGUUGGGCGAGCGACUUCAGAACGAAGCGUCCAGCAAUGCGGAUCUUGCCCGGAACGCCAUUUUGUGCUACAUUUGCGCUGGCAGUACGGAGCGAUUGGUCGAAGCGUGGCAACUUUCGAAGGGUGGUGCAGCACCACAACCGACCGGCGGUGAUCUUGGAGGAGACGAUGAGCUCGAUAAGAAUAAUAACAGCAACCGUGAUCUUCAGGAACUGGUCGAGGUGUCGAUGCUGUUACAAAAGGCGCUAGAAAAACAAGGUCGUCCGUCACAGGCCGUUGGCAAGUUGGCUGAUUUGCUAUCACAGUAUGCGAGUCUGUUAGCGGCCCAAGGUUCGCUUCCAUCUGCGCUGACAUAUCUGGGCAAUUCAACCGAUCCGGAGAUGGAAGAAUUGCGCGAGCGUCUUUAUUAUGCGUUAGGGCACAAAACUUACACCCCGAUGGGUACGGGAAGACCUCAGUACGCUUCCCAGCAGCAACAGCAGCAGCCACCAUUCAAUCCGAUGUUCCCCACAAUCGGACAAGCGGCCAAGAUGAAGUCUUACGGACAAACAAUGCCGGUGGCACCGGUUCCAACGCUCAAUACCACUUCCACCUUAUCGCAGCAACCCAGCUGGUCCACCUCACCCUUCCAACAGCCACCGAUGGGUGUGGUGCCGCCUCCAACCGUCGCAAAUCCGGUCGCUCCGCCACCCUUAGCCACCAAGCCUCCGGUAGGGCCACCACCGUCCGUCGGUGGUCCCAACACGGAUCUUUCCCAACCACCACGCCCAUCAAGCGUUAGCUCACAAUCGGGCGGAAGCACACUGGGGCGAGCGAAGUACGUUCUCGAUCCAUCGGUCCAGUCCGGCUCGAACUAUGGUCAACAGAGUUCCAACUUCUACAACCCAAUGGCCUAUCAGCCACAGCAGCCAAAUGCACCGAUCGUUAACCAACCACCUCAGCAGCCAAUGUCAAACUUGUACAAUCCGUCGAGUGCACCCGCACCACCAGGUCAGACCAACAACUUUAAACCCUUCACACCGGCACCGCUUGUGCAAGCCUCACCGUACAUGCCCGGUAUUUCUCCGCUGGAUGUCACGCAGCAACAACAGCAGCAGCAGCCCGGAAUGGGAUAUCCACCACCACCGGUGCAAGCUGCUCCACCCAUGGCAAAUAUGCAACGGAAUCCAACGCCACCACCUGGCUGGAAUGAUCCACCGGCGUUGAAAUCCUCCAGCAGGCCUCAACCUAAAGUUGAACCGAGCAUUAUGGCACCGAUCACGUCACCUCUUCCGGCCGGUUUAGCACCCUCGAACGGAUACCCGGACCCGAACAGUAACUACAUGCAGGGAAAUACUGGCCAGCAGCAGCAACAGCAGCAGCCUUACAUGACACCCCAGUCAACGAUGUACAAUCCGUCGAUGGGUGGUGGUCCACCAUCGAACGCAAUGCCAGGACUUCCGCCACAGUCGAAUACGAUCAAUUAUCAAAACUUCCAGCCAACGCUACCUUCGGCCGGAUAUCAACAGACCGGUGGCGUUCCGGGACAAGGUGGCAUGUACUAUCAGGGCCAGCAACCGAUGGACGGUGGACAGCACCAACCCAUGCAACCUCCGGCACCGGAACCACCAAAGCAGAAGCCACCACUACCGGAACAGUACGUGUUUAUGCAGACAGUAUUUGAGGAGCUGAAGAAGCAGUGUGUAGCAUCGGCAGGAAAUCCGCAAACAAAACGAAAACUGGAAGACGUCUCGAAAAGGCUAGAAAUGCUGUACGAUCUGUUGCGCGAGAAUAGGCUCUCGCAAAACACACUCAACUCGCUGAACCAACUGGUGGCCCUGAUACAGGCCGGCGACUACGCCAACGGUAUCGGACUCCACACGCAGAUGGUAUCCGGGCCGGACUUUUCCCAGAUCGCCAGCUUCAUGCCGGGCAUUAAGGUGCUACUCCAGUCGGCCAUGCAGCUGCAAGUGUACCUACGAUAAAAUGGCGACCGUUUGAGUGUGUGUGUGUGUGU